UCCUCAAAGCCGGGUCCCAAAAUUGCAAGGGGGGAACAGAAGUACAGAACUGAAACGUGAAACCUGGGAAAGGAAGACGGAGAAAUUCGAUCGAUAAGAGACACAGACUCAAAAUCUGACGAACAGAGAUAGUCACAGAGAGAGAGAGAGAGAGAGAGAGAGAGAGAGGUGCAGUGGUGGGUGCUAUGACGGAGAUAUUCCUGUGGCUUUUGACCUUUUUCCUGAUUUUGGCUUUGCUUUGUCUUCUUGGUUAUCAGCUUAUAUUGUUAGUGGAUCUAGAGUUUGAUUAUAUCAACCCUUAUGAUUCUGCUUCUCGGAUAAACUGGGUUGUUUUGCCAGAGUUUAUCGUCCAAGGAGUCUUAUGCUUCAUCCUUCUUGUAACAGGGAACUGGUUGAUGUUCUUGUUGUCUCUCCCUUACCUGUAUUACAAUGUGACAUUGUACAUGACGAGACAGCACUUGGUAGAUGUUACUGAAAUCUACAAUCAGUUGAAGUGGGAAAAGAAGAAGAGAUUCAUUAAAGUUGGAUAUCUUAUCCUGCUAUUUCUCGUUUCUGUGUUCUGGUUGGUUUGGAGCAUUGCUGAUGUAGAUGAUUAACCAGUGGAUCACCUCUCUCGCCAUUUGCUACACGAUGUAAGGAUAAUUUUGAAGAUACCAAUCACUCUGCGGGAGACAUUAUCAAUUCAUGUGGGAGUUUGACAUGGAAUUCUAAUGGCAACUAGCUUAUUGGAUUUAUAUGUGUGGGAAUAUCAUGUCCAUUACGACACUAAUUGAUACAUGCAGAGUCAACAUGGACGUCUACUAUUGACUUAUCAGAGAAGAAAGGGGAGGAAGUUAGAGUUAGUUAUGCAGAAUUAAAUUGGUUUUAAUUUAAUUAUUUCAUUUUCAGUGUAGUUGGCUAAAUAAGUGGAUCAACUUUUGAUGUGUUCACCCACGUUAAGUCUAUUUGAGUCAAUUUUUGUUUGAGUCAGUUAUUAUCCCAAAUAUGUUGGGAUAUUUUCUUAUUAUUUAUUUAUUAUUUUGGUGUAAUUCCUGUAUUAUAAAUGCGCUAGCUUUCAUCAUAGCUAGACAUUUAAAAAAUAAAAUACUAUUUUCCUUAGAGAAUCUCCUACUCUGGCUAUUAAUUUUUUAGAGUGAGAUUCUUGCCCUAAUUUAUUUAAUAGAUUUAUUUGCUUUCCUUAUCAUUUUAAGUUCCUAUCAAUUUGGUAUUUGAGUCAGGUUUGAUCAAUAUGGUGACCACACGCUCUGGUAAUGAAGCCAUCGAUCUCAAUGCCAAUUCCUCCAAUAACCCCCUAUGUAAUGAAUCUAUAGUCAAUCCAUUUUCAGAAGACAUAUUAACAGCAAUUGCUUCCAAAUUAGAGACACUUGAUUUGUUGAAAGAGAAGAUAGAGGCCCUUGAGGCUUCUGAAACGAAUAGAGGCUAGCGAACCGUAGAGAGCCAUUAUAGGUGCUCACAUUGGGAAGGUGAUAGUGAAGAUGACUAUGAUCGAAGGGGGCCAUGUCCACCCUAUGCAAAAAUUGAAUUUCCAAAAUCUAGUAGAGGAGACCCUUGAGGAUGGAUUUUAAAGGCUGAAAAUUUUUUUUGGUAUUAUCAAACACCAGAAGAUUUGAAAGUAGAUGUUACUUCAAUGAGUCUAAAAGGAGAUGCUUUAGAUUUAUUCUCAUGGGUAAAUUUAGAAUGCACCUUGUUGUACUGGGAUGAGUUGGUCAAGACACUAUAAGAGCACUAUAGGCCUCCUGAAUAUCAAAAUUCAGAUGAGCACCUUAUAACCAUCAAGCAAAUCGAAUCAGUAUAGGAAUACUGUCAAGAAUUUGCCAAGCGGGUAGCAUGAGUUCACAACUGGCCAGAGCAUUGCCUCUUGGGUAUUUUUCUGGGUGGCCUCAAGAGGAAUUAAAAGUUGAUGUGCGUAUUUAGAAACCUAAAAAAGUGUUUAAGGCUGCAAGUUUGGCCUUGGAAUUUGAGAAAAAGACUUAAAAUGCACGUGGACCCAGGCCCAAUUCCUCAUACACUCAAGAUCCCCUAAAUCAGUCCCAAUUUGCACGUGAUUUUUGCGAUUCUAGAGACUCCAAUUUACUGGCUUUGUCUGCAUAUCCCUCCAAACCAGCUUCUUUGGUCUCAAUCACCCCUAAAUACUCUUUAGCAGUUGUGAGAGUCUCUCCCGAAGAUGCAGAAGGUCAAAACCGACAAGAUACAGGUCUGUGCUUCCGGUGUAGGGCUAUCCUCCGACUUGGGCAUCGCUGCAAUGCCUCUUUUUCUUUGCUGGAAAUUUCUGAAGAAGUUGAAGAAAUUCUAUCUCCACUACACGAAGAAGCGAGACAGAAAUGGAGCUAGAGGAGGUUGAAAUCUCAUUUAAUGCAAUUGUAGGACAACAUUCGAUAGCCACAAUGAAACUUCAAGGCACGCUUAAGGGUUGUACUAUUUUGAUUUUAGUUGAUAGUGGCUCCAUGCACAAUUUCAUUUCAAAUGCAGUGGCAUCCGAAUUGCAACUCCCUGUGUGAACUGUUCUAACUUUUGGAGUUCAAAUUGGUGAUGGUAGUAGAUUGAAAUGCCAUCAGGUUUUGCCUAAAGGUUGAGGUAACAAUUUUUGAUUUAACUAUUCAGCAAGAUUUCUACCCUUUCUCCUUGGGUGGUUCUGAUUUGCUACUGGGUAUUAAAUGGUUGGCUCCAUGCACAAUUUCAUUUCAAAUGCAGUGGCAUCCGAAUUGCAACUCCCUGUGUGGACUGUUCUAACUUUUGGAGUUCAAAUUGGUGAUGGUAGUAGAUUAAAAUGCCAUCAGGUUUUGCCUAAAGGUUGAGGUAACAAUUUUUGAUUUAACUAUUCAGCAAGAUUUCUACCUUUUCUCCUUGGGUGGUUCUGAUUUGCUACUGGGUAUUAAAUGGUUGGCUUCACUAAACACUGUGUAAGCUAACUUGAACAAAAUGUUUUUGAUUUUUUGGCUAAAUGGGAAGAAAUAUAAGCUGCAAGGUCUACCUACUAAUAGUGAUGCUUCUGUCCAUCUCCAUAGCAUGCUUCUUAAUCAAAAAUCUAGGGAUGCAUUAGGACCUUUAAAUGUUGACAGAAAUUUUCAUGAUUUUGUUGAUGUCUUUUUUGAGCCAGGGUGCUUGCCACCACCCUGAGAUCAUUACUAUGCCAUCAAGCUAUUACCAAAUACUAUACCUUCUAAUCUACGGCCAUAUUGUUACCCUCAUUACCAGAAGGAUAAGAUUGAAGCUCAAAUUGAGAGCUUGCUACAAUAUGGAUUCAUACGACCUAACACCAGUCCAUUUGCCAGUCUUAUGCUACUAGUUGGUAAAAAGGAUGGUUCUUGGUGCCUCUGCAUUGACUACCAGCAUCUUAAUCAAAUCACCAUCCUAGAUAAGUACCCCGUUCCCAAUGUUGAUGAACUCUUAGAUGAGUUGUAUGGGGUUGUCUACUUUUCAAAAAUUGAUUUACAGUUUGGAUAUCAUCAAAUCCAUGUUCUACCGGAGGAUGGACAUAAAACAGCUUUUCGCACUCACUUAGGCCAUUACAAAUUCUUAGUUAUGCCAUUUGGUUUAACUAAUGCACCGGCUACCUUUCAAUCUAUUAUGAAUGGCUUAUUCAGGCCUUAUUUACGGAAAUUUGUGCUGGUAUGUUUUGAUGACAUCUUAGUUUACAGUGCUACCUCACAAUAGCAUUUACAACAUUUGAGAGCAGCAUUCCAAAUUUUACAAAAGCAAUCCUUCUUUGCCAAUGCCAAAAAAUGCUCGUUAGGCCAGACCCAAAUUAGCUACUUAGGCCAUAUGGUUUUUGCCCAAGGGGUUGAAGUGGAUUCUGAGAAAAUAACUGCAGUGGUGCAAUGGCCUACUCCCAAAUCCGUAAAAGAGCUCCGUGGGUUCCUAGGGCUCACUGGUUAUUACACGUGUAUUGUCAAAAACUAUGGUAUUAUUGCUAGACCCUUGACUAAACUAACCAAGAAAAAUUCUUUUUAUUGGUCUAAACAGGCACAAAAAGCUUUUGAGGCAUUAAAAUUAGUAAUGACCACCACAUCGAUGCUGCAACUACCAAACUUUCAUCUUCCUUUCACCAUUCAGUGUGAUGCCUCAAUGGAGGGUAUUGGUGCUGUCCUAGUUCAAGAAGGAUAUCCAAUAUCUUAUUUCAGCAACAGAUUCUCUUUUUCCAACAGGUAUAAGUGCACAUAUGACAAGGGGCUGGCUCUAGUGCUUGCAAUUCAAAAAUGGCACCAUUACCUAUUGGGUCGCCAUUUCUAUGUCCAAAUUAAUCACUGCAGCCUUAAGUACCUCUUGGAAUAGCACAUCCUCACCAAUUCCCAGUAGCAAAUGAUGCUAAAGCUUCUUCCUUUCAAUUUUACCAUCAUAUAUAAAGCAAGAAAGGACAACAUAGUAGCUGAUUCAAUAUCACGAAGGCCUCAACAUGCUGAUUUUUUUUAGAUUGUCAUCUCUUUAGCAGAUGCCUUACAGCAACUUCCUGCAGCAUUAAUGACAGACCCUGGAACCAAAGCUAUUGUGGAUGCAUUACAAACAAAUCUACAUUCUCACCCAGAUCAUAGCUUGGUGGAAGGCAUAUUAUAUUUCAAGGGAUGACUUGUGGUUCUAAAUAUUGCUCAAUUAUAAGCUAAAUUCUUAAAAGAAGCUCAUGCGACUCCAACGAGUGACCAUGGAGGGUUCUUAAAGACCUUGAAGCGAUUAGGAUCAAGUGUGCAUUGGUGAGGUAUGAAAAUAGAUGUUAAAUAAUUUGUACAAAGAUGUUUAAUUUGUCAACAACAUAAAUAUGAAACUCUUGCUCUUGCUGGACUCCUUAACCCACUCCCUAUUCCAGAGCGAAUUUGGGAGGACAUAUCUCUUAACUUUAUCACAGGGCUCCCAAAGCCUAGAGGUUUUGAUGUUAUCUUGGUGGUGGUUGAUCGGCUCAGUAAAUACAGCCAUUUCAUUGCUUUGUCACACCCUUAUUCUGCAAAAAUUGUGGCUAGUUUAUUUUGUCAAGAGAUUGUACAUUUGCAUGGUAUUCCUCGGUCAAUCGUUUUAGAUCGUGACUCCAUUUUUCUAAGUGCUUUUUGGCAAGAACUCUUUCGUUUUACAGCAUAUCACCCGCAAUCCAAUGGCCAAACUGAGGUAGUAAAUCACUGUUUGGAGACCUAUUUACGAUGCUUUGCUCAUGAGCAAUCUAAAUUAUGGAGUAAAUUUCUCUGCUGGACUGAAUUCUCAUUUAACACCAACUUUCACUCUUCAGCAAACACUACUCCCUGUAAAUUGAUUUAUGGUCGUGAUCCUCCUCCUUUAUGCCCUUA